AUGACAAGCGCAGCUGUCGCUAGACACCUCGCAAAGGCCAGGGCGUCGUUGCUACAGCUGCGCAAGUUGAAUGAUGAGUUACAGGCAGCGGUGCGUGAGCGAGACGAGGUACAGAAGGUGGUGGACGACCUCCUCGAUCCAGUGGAGCAUGACAGGGCCGUGCGCAGCCUGAAGGACAAGCAGGUGGUGGCUGACACGAAGCACCGCCACUUCCUGCACGCGCUGCAGGCCCUGAAAACAAUGCUUCUGAAUGAGCUACAGGAGUUUCAGGCCUGCAGAAGGGCUGCCAAGAGCCGGAAGGAGGCGCUCGCAGAGGAGCACGCGGCCAAGCAGGAGGCGCUCGCAGAGGAGCACGCGGCCAAGCAGGAGGCGCUCGCAGAGGAGCACGCGGCCAAGCAGGAGGCGCUCGCAGAGGAGCACGCGGCCAAGCAGGAGGCGCUCGCAGAGGAGCACGCGGCCAAGCAGGAGGCGCUCGCAGAGGAGCACGCGGCCAAGCAGGAGGCGCUCGCAGAGGAGCACGCAGCCAAGCAGGAGGCGCUCGCAGAGGAGCACGCGGCCAAGCAGGAGGCGCUCGCAGAGGAGCACGCAGCCAAGCAGGAGGCGCUAGAGAAGCACCAACAGCGGGAGGUGGCAGACCUCGAGCAGCGACAAGUACAGGAAAUUCGCGACUGUACCCUCACCGAUGCUUACGCCAGGAAGAUAGCGGACGUCCACAGGAGCACAUGGUUAAUGACGAAGAAGGGCAUGGCGGUGUCCUCAUGGACCGGGAGCAUCCUGGAGUUUCACACGGCCCUGAAGACACAACAGCAGCGGCAGGAGGAGAACGACACAUUCAAGUUCCACAUGAGUAGGCAGGCAGCGCGCAACACCAUCCCCGUGGAUGCCGUGAAUCUCAAGCAAACGAGGGGCAUGUUUGCGGUGAUGUGCGUGGACAAGCUCCGUGUAGCAGAGCCGCUACCCGCUGCGAAAGACUUUCGCGGUCAGGCAAGGUUCACAUUGGAUGCGUCGGGGAGGUACCACAUAUGUGUGGCCUCCAACUUCACCCGAGGAGCACCUGAUGACGUGGGAACGCUCGGGCAAAGCUUGCUCCAGGUUGAGAGACCUGUGCUGGCAGGGUGCGACGACGGCCUGCAAGAGGUGGAGGAGGAGGAAGAGGCACGUGCAAAGUGCGAGGAACAUGGCGGCGGGGACAUGGCCAUGCAGGCGUUGGAGGAGAAGGCACGUGUGAGGGAGCGGAAGAUGGGCGAGGUGGCACGGCGGUUGCAAGCGGAGGCGAGGGAGGCGCGCAGGCGGUGGGUGAGGCUGAGACGGGCCAAGGCGAUAGACAAGCAGACACAGGAAGCAGAGGCAGAGUUUCAGGCAGCACGAGAGCGACAUGCGGCGCACCUGGACUGGCGGCGGCGGCUGCGAAAGCGGCGGCGACUUCUGCGCAUGAAGGAGCGCAACGCUCUCCUGCGCGAGAGACGUGGCGGUGUUGUGUCCAUUGACCCAGGCGUCCGCGUGCCAUUCACGCUGUGGACGGCGUCUGGGACCGUGUCCAUCGCGCAUGACGCCAUCGAGGAGCUGCGCAUGCUUCUCAGGAACGCCAAUGACAUCCGUGCUGAUGCCGACCUCCUGGAAGUAGCGGUGCAGGAGGGCGAAGCCCGGGGCGAAGGCGACGUGGCAGCCGCGCGACGGCGGCACCGGCAGCAGCUGCGCGUGGUGAGGGACCGCGUGGACCACCUUCAUCGAGUCGUCGCCAAUUAUCUUGUGAUGUCGUUCCGCGUCGUGCUGCUGCCGCGCUUCGGCACCAGCCGGAUGAUCCGCCGGUCCGGUCGCCCGUUUGGCCGCGACACGGCUCGCUCCAUGGGCGUCUGGGCACACUACCGCUUCAGGCAGCUGUUGUUGGACCGCGCGGAGAGGGAGCCUGGGUGCACGGUUGUGAUCUGCGAUGAGGCGUGGACGUCGAAGACCUGCGGCCGCUGCGGGCGGCUGCACCACAGCCUCGGCGCUGACGAUGUGUUCGCAUGCCCCCACGACAGCUGCAGAUAUGUCGCCGGCCGCGACGCCAACGCAGCCCGCAACAUUCUGUUGCUGUGGCUGUACCGGAACGACAUCCAGCUUGCACCGGUGCCAGCUCCUUAG